GUCGGCCGGAGUCAGAGCUCGGCCCCGCCGAAGGGCUGACAAUCCCACGGACUUCGGAUCUCAAACCUCGCGCCCCCGCAUGACAGCGCCUCUUCUGUCCCCUGCCAGGGAUCUGUGGGCUCCUGCGGCCGAUACGCACGAGGGCCACAUCACCAGCGACAUGCAGCUUUCUACCUACUUAGACCCCGCCCUGGAACUGGGCCCCCGAAAUGUGCUGCUCUUCCUGCAGGACCAGCUCAGCAUCGAGGACUUCACAGCGUAUGGCGGUGUGUUUGGAAAUAAGCAGGACAGUGCUUUUUCGAACCUGGAGAAUGCCCUGGACCUGGCCCCCUCCUCACUGGUGCUGCCUGCAGUCGACUGGUAUGCAGUCAGCACCCUGACCACCUACCUGCAGGAGAAGCUGGGUGCCAGCCCCCUGCACGUGGACCUGGCCACCCUGCGGGAGCUGAAACUCAAUGCCAGCUUCCCUGCCCUGCUGCUCAUCCGCCUGCCCUACACAGCCAGCUCUGGUCUGAUGGCACCCAGGGAGGUCCUCACAGGCAACGAUGAGGUGAUUGGGCAGGUGCUGAGCACCCUCAAGUCCGAAGACAUCCCCUACACAGCUGCACUUACAGCGGUCCGCCCCUCCCGGGUGGCUCGAGACAUAGCCAUGAUAGCUGGGGGGCUAGGUCGCCAGCUGCUCCAAAAACAGGUGCCGUUACCUGUGACCCAUCCCCCUGUGAGCUACAACGACACUGCCCCUCGGAUCCUGUUCUGGGCCCAGACUUUCUCUGUGGAGUACAGAGGGCACUUGGAAGACCUGACCUCCCGCACCUUCCAGUCACAGGAGCUCAACCUCACGGGCUCCUUCUGGAAUGACUCCCUGGCCAGACUCUCGCUGACCUACAACGGGCUCUUUGAUGCCAUGGUGACCUUCAGGUUCAUCCUGGCAAACCACUUCUACCCGGUGUCUGCCCGCAACUGGUUCACCAUGGAGCGCCUGGAGAUUCACAGCAAUGGCUCCAUCGUCACCUUCAACACUUCCCAGGUCACUGGGCCCAGCAUCUACUCCUUCCACUGCGAGUAUGUGAGCAGCAACAGCAACAUGGGCAACCUUCUGGUGCCCCGCACACAGCCCUCCCUGUGGCACAUCACUCUCCAGCACUUCCAGAUCCAGGCCUUCAAUGUGACAGGUGAUCAGUUCUCCUAUGCCAGCGACUGUGCGGGCUUCUUCUCCCCGGGCAUUUGGAUGGGGCUGCUCACGUCCCUCUUCAUGCUUUUCAUCUUCACCUAUGGGCUGCACAUGAUCCUCAGCCUCAAGACCAUGGAUCGCUUUGACGACCACAAGGGCCCUGCCAUCGCUUUGACCCAGAUUGUGUGACCCGUGCCAGUGAAGGGUUGAGGGCUUGGCAGUGUGUCCCACGCUGUGGCACAGCGGACGGACGGAAGGGUUUCCCCUCUCUCCCAUAGCAUGAACCGCACGCUCCUCUCAGCCUGCCCUCUCCCCCUUCAGCCGCUGCAGGCUUCCCGAGGCUGUCCCCAUCCCUGCCAACAAGGUGUACAUAUUCUUCAUAGGCAGAUCACUCCCUGGCUCAGUCAUCCUGAGAGGAGAGGACGUUAGUUCUAGGGUCCCCUUUCUACCUGUUAUUUAUUCUCAUCUCUCCGCCAUCCACCCUCUUUCUUCAUCGUGCUUUUGUGUGCAAAUGCCCCUCCCCAGGCUCUCUGGGGCUCCCUGGAGCAGCCAUGAGCUUGGGGUCCCUCAAAUGUGUGGGAGGGUGGAAGUACUACUUACCCUUCCUACUCAGCUGCUGUUUGGUUGUGUGCUAAUGAUAGUCAGUACAUGGGUUUGUUUCUGUGGCCUAAGAGGGAAGGGACCGACUUUCAUAACAGGUGGGCCGGGCGUGAUCACUGGGUUUCUGGCAUGUUCUCACCAGGAACGCCUGGUAGGAGUCUGGGGCGCUCUGUUGUUUCCUUCAAAAUAAAAUAACCAAGGGUCGCCAUG